ACAUUCACAUGGCUUUUAAUGAUAUCCUGGUGUCUAUUGGUGGAGUUGGGUGCUUUCAGAUAUUGCACACUAUUCUUCUUUUGGUACCUGUGGCCUUGCUAUCUUGCCAUAACCUUCUACAGAACUUCACUGGAGCUGUGCCUGAUCACCACUGCAAACUUCCUUCUUCCAGAGUCUGGAACAGCCAAGAUGAGACACAGCUUUUUGAUUUCUACAUCCCACUGGACAAGGACAGAAAGCCACAGAGGUGUGCCCAGUACCAAAUUGUCAAAGGAUUUUUGCCCAAUGCCACAGAACAUCAGUGGGAAAAAAAGAGCACUGAAUCUUGCAGGGAUGGAUGGACCUAUGACAGAAGUGUCUUUUCCUCUACCAUUGUUACUGAGUGGAAUCUGGUUUGUAACCAUCACUCAUUGAAGCAGAUAGCGCGUUCCAUCUACAUGACAGGCGUUCUGCUGGGAGCUCUAGUCUUUGGCAGCCUUGCUGACAAGGUGGGCAGAAUGGAGAUCCUGACCUGGUCCUAUUUACAAAUGGGUGUAGCUGGUAGUUGUGCUGCAUUUCUGCCAACCUUUGAUGCUUACUGCGCAUUCCGCUUCCUGUGUGGUGUUGCUUCCUCUGCUAUCUCUGUCAAUAGCAUCUCUUUAAUAUUAGAAUGGAUGCCCAAACAUGGUCGCAUGCUGGCUGGAAACUUUUUUGGUUUUUCAUACUCAUUUGGACAAUUGGUUCUGUCUGCUGUGGCUUACAAGAUCAGAGACUGGCGAUGGCUUCAGUUUGCUGUCUCAGCUCCAUUUUGUAUCUUCUUCAUCUAUUCUUGGUGGUUACCAGAAUCUGCUCGAUGGCUGAUUCUCCGGGAUGAGCCAGAAAAAGCUCUGAAAUACAUUCAAAAAGUUGCCUCUGUUAACGGGAAGCACAGAGAAGGAGAUAAAUUGACUGCACAGAUGUUGUGCUCUGAGAUGCAGAAAGAUAUCCUGAUAAUAAGCAAAUCACACUCUGUGUUUGACCUCGUUCGUACCCCAGCUAUGAGGCGUAUGUCCCUGAGUCUCAUUAUAGUUUGGUUUUCAAGUAACUUUGCCUACUAUGGGCUGAGCAUGGAUCUGAAGGACUUUGGGCUGGGUGUAUUCAUAGCUCAGGCGCUGUUUGGUGGAGUAGAAAUGAUUGCUAAGCUCUUAGUGAUGUUGGUGAUGACCUUUGUGGGCAGACGAGUCAUGCAGUUUGCUUCCCUGUUCAUGGCUGGAAUAAUGGUUAUAUCUUAUGGCUUCAUACCUCAAGAUAUGAAGAUGCUGUGUACCGUCCUGGCAGUGAUGGGAAAAGCUUUCCUGGCAUGUGCUAUAACCUGCAUGUACCUGUACACUGGGGAGCUGUACCCUACAGAAAUAAGGCAGACUGGAAUGGGUUUUAGUGCAAUGAAUGCUCGUCUGGGCUCUGCCGUUGCCUCAGUUCUACAUCUAACAGGAGACUUCUCUUUUACAAUUCUUCCCAUGCUCUUCGGAAUCACCCCUAUUAUCGCAGGCUUUUUCUCCUGCUUCCUGUUCGAAACCAAAGAUUCCCAUUUACCUGACACUAUUAAUGAAGUGGAAAGCAGGAUUAAAGCUAGUUCCACAGAUUCUGAAGACUCAGAUGAUGAAGAUUGGACUUAUAAGGUUCAUUUAAAAGAAAUUCCGUGA